AUGGAGGUGAAAAAAGUAUGCAGGGAGGGAAUCCGGUCACAGAAUAACUUAAUGGCGAAGCACGUGAGAGCCAUACCCACAGGCAAGCCACAGGAGAUGGAGGGGGAAGCAGGAUGCGGUUUGAGGGCGAGUGGCAGGAGGCCAUUGACCUGUGACUUAUCAAUACCUCAUUCACGUGCCCAUGGAGUAGCGUCGGCCGCCUGCUCGAGAGGCUUUGGAAUGACAGGACAAGGGCGGUCAAACAGCUUGCACGUGGUGAUAUCCCAGUUCAUCACCGGAGGCUCACUCCUCACCGCCUGCUUCAUAGUCCUGAUGAGCACCUUCAAGCCUUUCUACACCCUGUUCACUCAGAUUCCAGGAAAAGGCGUAGUUCGACAACGUAGCGAAGGUGCUCCCGUGAAUGUGCUGAGUAGUAUUGACGUGAUGGACGUGGCUUUCAACAUGAUGAACGUGAAGGGAGUCGAGUGCAGGAAGCGUGCAGUGUGUGAGUUCCAGAAGGCGGCUUCAGGGAUUCCAGCUUUUGGGAAAAUUGUGGAAAACGCCAGCUCCUUCGUCAGUGGUAUGGAGAAGUACAGAGACGCCCUGGACUCAGGAGCCGCUUUAGAAGACUGCAGCGCCAUCUAUAAGUGUCUUUACUCUUCCACGGGGCCUUCAGGGAGGAUGAGAAGGGACGUUUCUCCUCCUUGGUUCGAGUUAUUCUGAAACAGCGGAAGAUCGUGGAACUAUGUCAGUGACUGAAAUAUCAUCAGAGGCUUGUUUUCUUUUUCAUUGCAAAU